AUGGCUGAAGUUGCCAGUCCUCAUCUCCAACCGACUCCUCCUCCGCCCAUCUACUCCCCCCCUCUUCGGACAGACAGCCCGCACAUAAUUGAGCCCAUGGAAGAGAAAGGAAAUGCACAACCGCCCGCCUAUCGGCAGAAACCCCCGCAGUCAAGCCAUGUGAGCAACCCUUCCAUUUCCAUGUCUCCGGCGGACAGCGGACCUGGAGAGGAGGCGUAUGGAAAGGCAGGAGUUCAGAUCAGUCCACCCGAGACAGCCAUGUCGAGGACGUCUGACCCUGUUGCGCCGAAUCGAACUUUGACGCCUCAGCCUUCUCGGCAACAAGACCCUUCCAGAUUGUCCCCCGACCCCCAGGCCAUGCGUCGACGGCAACCGGGAGACGGACAGACCCUCGUCGAACAUAGAAGGGUCGCUUCAGAAAACCUCACUCCUCGAGAGGGGCUCGAACUGACGCCCUUCCAACAGAAAUCCAUGCGCCAUGUAUCCACCUCUGCCGUGGAUGCCGUGGCGAAUACGUCUUCAGAGAGCUUCGAACCACUGCGGUACCACCACCAGUCGCUCGAAGACCCCGACGUGAGGGCACUGGACAGGCGAGCUUCUAGGCUGACGAUUGCUACCGACGGUUCCGGGGCGGCGGAUAGUUCGCGAAAUAGCGUCUAUGGUCAAAACCUGCGACGACCCGACUCUGGAUUUUCCAGCACCUCUGAAUUCCGCGGACGAACUUACUCCCCCAGUCUGUCCCCUGCCCGGCCAGUCUCCCGGGGAUCCAGAUCGCCUGACACCCGACCGUUGUCAUAUGUCGAUCUCUUGAACAUUCCCUAUCCUCAACCGGCUCCGAGUGGGGCAGAGAAUCUGGUGAACUCGGGCCUUCGCACCGUAGUCGGCAACAAUGCGUCCUUGUUAUCGACGCGCAAAACCCUGGACAUGUAUCGAGCCAAUGUCAAGAAGACGAACGACCCGGCUGUGCAGUAUGAAUUUGCGGUCUUCAUGAUCAGCGCCGCGCAGGAGGAAGGGCUGGAGGGAGACGGGGACGCCGCCUCGGCGGCAUCUGGGAAGUCACACACGUCCGUUCGAGACGAUCUUUUGAAAGAGGCCAAGCACAUAUUGCAGAAGCUAGCUGAUCGUUCAUACCCCUUUGCCCAAUACUAUCUGGCAGACGGGUAUGCGUCUGGUUUGUUCAGUAAAGGUAAAGAAGAUUGGGAUCGAGCAUUCCCCCUUUUCCUGGCCGCAUCCAAACAUGGUCACGCCGAGGCGGGGUACCGUACGGCCUUGUGUUACGAGUUUGGCUGGGGUUGCCGGGUAGAUGCAGCGAAAGCUGUGCAAUUCUACCAACACGCGGCCAGCAAAAAUCAUCCUGGUGCCAUGCUUCGACUGGGCCGGGCUUGUCUCACGGGCGACAUGGGACUGACGAAGCGAUAUCGCGAGGGCGUGAGAUGGCUGAAGCGGGCGGCAGAGUCAGCCGAUUUUCAGUACAACCAAGCCCCCUACGAUCUGGGCUGUCUCCACGAGACAGGCUAUGGUCCAGACGUGUUCAAAGAUGAAGCGUACGCCGCGCAGCUGUACACCAAAGCUGCUGAUCUGGGACACGUCGAAGCCAACUACAGGAUGGGCCGAGCCUACGAGUUUGGCGAAUUAAACUGUCCCAAGGAUCCGGCGUUGAGCAUCCACUUCUACACAGGAGCUGCAGAACGUGGACAUGCGCUGUCACAACUGGCCUUGUGUGCCUGGUACAUGGUGGGUGUCCCGGGCGUGUUGGAUAAGGACGAGAGCGAAGCCUACGAAUGGGCCAAAAAGGCUGCAGAGGAGGGAGCGGCAAAGGCACAAUAUACUGUUGGGUAUUUCACGGAAAUGGGCAUUGGGUGCCGUCGUGACCCGCUUGAGGCCAACGUCUGGUACGUUCGAGCCGCUGAGCAAGGUGAAGAAAGAGCCAAACACCGCAUCACUGCCAUUCGCGCUGCAGGUGCGGGCGCCGAUCCUGUCACGGCGGCAUCCGCAAAGACAGGAACACUCACCACCAGCAAAAGUUCGGGGAACAAAGGGCCUCAGGGUGAGCAACCUUCCUCCAUGACCGCCGGCGACACGACAUCACUGACUUUGAGACAUCCAGAAGGCGAAAAGAAGAAGAAAUUUGGCAUCUUCUGA